ACAAUUGAAAUUUCAAGGGCAACUGUUCAAGUUUUAAACGAGAGUUCUUCAAGUUGUUCGCUUUGAACAGCUUUUUGUUUAUUAACGCUUGCUACGAGCCAAGUUUACAGCCAGUAAAAAUAAAAGUGUUGGCUCUUUGGGAAUAGGAUUAGAGCAAACGAAAGCAAUCCAAAUCCACCUACAGCUACAGCUACAGCUACUUAAAGCACAUAAAAUAAAUACAAUCUUUGCUGAAAACUAAAUGUAACUGUGUUCACAAUUAAUUGCAACAACAAGUGCAAAUUUUUAUAAGGAAAAAAAAAUAAGAAAAAGUUAUUAGAAAUUAAAGCCUUAGACAAAAUGGCCAAGCCAACAGCGGGAUGCAGUGAGAACAACACUAGCAACAACAACAGUAAUAGUAACAGUAACAGUAAUAGUAACACUAACAGCAAUAGCAACAACACAAACAACAAUAUUAAUAUUAAUAACAAUAAUAAUAAUAAUGACGAUAAUAAUGAUAACGAUAAUGAUUAUGUCAAUACAAGUAGCAAGUUGAAUGGAAAUGUUUGUCAGCCAACACUGCCAGCUCCGGCAAAUACGCCAUUGAACAAGAGCAUCAAACAUGAUCUCUUCCCGGAGGUGACAUUCUGUAAUCUGUCGGUGGAGGAACUGCACGAUGGAGCUGGACACAGUCGGGCGUCAAGGAAUAGCAUCAUUGCCUUGGACAGCGAUGGAACACUGACGAUUGGUCUGAUGAAUGGCAGCCAGGUGAAGAAGAGGAAGCGUUUGAUAUCGAAUGAAUCGGGUGAUUCAAUUGAUUCGAGCUCAACGGAAAAGAAGACACCCAAAAUGCCAGAUGGUGGCUACGGUUGGGUUGUGGUCUUUGCCUCCUUGAUGAUCUCCCUUAUUUGGGAUGGUCUCUCCUUCUCCUUUGGCCUGAUCAAUACCGAACUGUUGGCCUACUUUGGAGAGUCGAAAUCGAAGACCGCUUGGAUCAGUUCAUUGUUCUUCUCGGUGCCGCUGCUCAUGGGUCCCAUUUGGUCGAAUCUUGUGGACAAAUAUGGCUGCAGGAAGAUGACCAUUUUGGGUGGAGUUGUCUCGGCAGCUGGAUUUGCCGUCUCCUCGCUUUGCAAUUCGGUGGAGAUGCUCAUGGUCACAUUUGGCAUCAUCAGUGGCUUGGGAUUGGGCAUUGGCUAUGUCACCGCUGUCGUUUCCAUUGCCUUUUGGUUCGAUAAGAAGCGCAGUUUCGCCACUGGCAUUGGCGCCUCAGGCACUGGAAUUGGCACCUUUGUCUAUGCCCGUUUAACCCAAUAUUUAAUUGAUUCGUAUGGCUGGCGUGGUGCAACUCUAAUCCUUGGCGGCACCAUGUUGAAUGCCUGUGUCUGUGGUGCUCUCAUGCGUGAUCCCGACUGGUUGAUCGAGGAGAAUCGUUUGGAGAGUCGCUCGCAGAGUGUAACCACGUUUUCCAACUCAAGUGUUUGCCUGGAGGAGAUUAAGAAGCUGCUGGACACGGGCAUCACCAAGGAGGCCGUUUUGGAUACGCUGGUGACCAAGAACAACACGGAGGCGAAUCAACAGAUUGAUGAUCCCCUGGACACGGGCCUCAAACGCUAUCGCAGCGAACUCUUCCUGCCCACCUUCCUCAGCACCCACGAGCUGGACAGUGUCUGCGAGGUGAAGAGCCUGAGUCGACGCUCGUUGCGGCACAAGGAAGGUGCCGAGGCGCCCUCACGUGACAAUCUGCUGUCAAUGUCCUCGGGAGCAGCUGCCUAUGUGACGGGGCCGAUUCUCGGAUCACCCGAUGAUACGCUUAUGGGCGGCAUUCCUCCAGAGGUAGCCGAGGCGGCCAAGAGGAGCUACUUGGCUUCAAUAGAGACGCUGUCGCCAUCGGAGAAACGAUCCACAAUCGCUGGCACACCAAAUGGAUCACUGCGAUCCUCGGAUGAAGGUUAUCUCACCCAGAAACAUAAUGAGGCUAACUAUGCCAGCUCUCGGUAUUCCCUAAAUGAAAAUCUCUUUACGGCCAAGCACAACACACCCUCAUUGUCCAAUCUGAAGGUCAAUGGACUGCGUCACAAUUCCGUGGACUUUUUGAGCGAUGAUAUGCACAGCUAUUACAUGUCCACGAAGGAGGAAACCUUUGCGCUGCUCGAUCAACAACCCAGGCCACAGCCAUACCAAGCAACAGCUCCUGCUGCUGCUGCAUCCAUAGUGAUCACCAUACCGGAGCACGAGGAGAACAGCGAGCUGGCGUUGCGUCGUUCCCGCCUGGACAGCAUUACGGGUCUGCGUCGUCUGUCCAAGACAAAGAGACCCAAUCAGCAUCGCUCGAAUCUGCGACGCAACAUCUCCAUUAGGAACUCCAACUUCCUCAAGGAUAUGCGCAUCCAUCGCAAUUCCAUACAUUAUCGAGGUGCGAUGCUCAACACUCAUCGUUAUCGUCUGCGUGCCUCCUCCUGUCCCAACAUCUAUCGCAACUCGAUGACAACCAUAGCCAAGGAGGAGGAAGAUACCUGGUAUGAUAGCUUUAUGGACACCAUGAAAUCUGCCUUUGACUUUUCGCUCUUUUUGGAUAGCAAAUUUGCACUCUUCAAUCUGUCUACAUUAUUCCUAUUCAUUUGGUUCAUCAUACCCUAUCUAUAUCUGCCUGAUUACAUGAAGCAAUAUGGCUAUGAUGUGAACGUAAGCGCAGUUCUGAUAUCGGCUAUUGGCAUUGCGCAAACGGUGGGCAUGAUUGGCCUUGGCUUUCUGGGCGAUCGGCCAUGGAUGAACAUCAACAUAUGCUACUCCCUCUGCAUGUUGGUUUGUGGUGCUUCAGUGUUCUUUAUGCCAAUGCUGAUUACAAAUUAUAAUGGCUUGAUGGCCAUGUGCGUCAUCUUUGGAUUCACAUUUGCCAGCUCCUUCUCGUUUACACCCAGCAUACUGGUCAGUAUUGUUGAUUUGGAUGAUUUCACUUGUGCCUACGGCUUGGUGCUGCUCGUUCAGGGCGUUGGCAUGAUUGCCGGUCCACCCAUAGCAGGUGCCAUAUAUGAAGCAACUAAUGCUUGGGAUUACUCCUUCUACUAUGCGGGCAUAUUUAUAGCACUCUCCGGCGUCUGUUCGUAUUUGAUCGAGUUCUGUAAGAAGAAAUCAACUAAGGAGAGUGAUAGUGAUGUCUCAGAGACUAAAAAAGCUCAACUUUUACAUUAGUUUACUUACAUAGAACACAACAAGAAACUUCAGUGCAAUUUAGCAAGCACUGUGGCCUACCAUUUAUAAUAAUAAUAAUAUUAAUAUUAAUGGAUUAGCAUUAAAUGUUAUCAAGUUUCUUAUGCAAAUGCUGUUGCAGCUACAAAACAAAAACAAAAACAAAAACAAAAAACAAAGGAAAACUCAGAGCAAAUUAGUAGAUAAAUAACUAAAGAGAAACAAAAAUUAAAGGCGUUUAAGCCAUAUAUAUUGACUUGAGAACUAAUUAUAACAACUAUAUUAUUAGUUAGUUAACGCACUAGGACAACUACAUUAUACGUAUACUCCAAUAAAAAGAAUUAUUACAAACAAACAACCAAAAGAACAACAACACAUACUAGCAAUACAUUUAAAUGUAUAUAUAUAUAUAUAUUUCUAGAUAUAUAUAUAGCAUAUAAACCAAUUCAAUAUCAUUGCAGUGCAUCACUGCCAUGCGCAAACGGGUUCCCCAAAUUGUCUUCUUCUUGUAAACAGAUUAAUAGUAAUAAUAGUUAGUAAUGCCGCAAAUUAACAAUAAUCAAUCUAUGAUGUAACUUAUGCAAUAACAACAACAAUUUUGCAAUCAACUAACAAAAGUCUUCAAAACAAAACAAAUGAUUACUAAUAUUAGAUUAUAUUAUAUGUAUAAUCCCCGAAUAACAAAUGGUUCAGCAGCAGUAAAAAAGUUUUUACAAUUGAAAACCGAAACAGUUCAAGUAUUAUUAAUAAAUAAAUAAAAUUAAUUGAAUUGAAAUGAUAAAUUCACAUAGCGCACUGAAAUCAAUUAGAUAUACAUAUAAUAUUUAGUAAUAUGAAGCACUCUUCAAUUUAGUCUAACUCAAACUAACUAAUGCCUAGACACACACACACCUUCUAAAUAUAAAUAUAUACAACUUUAGCCUAACUAUGUAGUUGUUGUUUCAAAUAAAAAACAAA